AUGUAUGGUCAGGAUACCGGCGCCAGUGUUGCCGGUGAAGAUUACCCUGAUGAGCAAGGAUGGCCGCGGGGAUUUAUCCCCAUUGCCAUUCAUACAGUUGAUGAUGACACUGAUUAUGUAAGCUGUUUUCGAGAUGAUGCUCAAGUUGAAAUUGGUAACCCUGAUGCAGUUUGUCCCCGGCAAGAUCAGCUUUGGGCUAUGGCAAAG